CUACCAGAUCAGCGGACGCGCACGUGUGUGUGUGUUUGUUUUUUUUGGCGCAUGAUGUGCGUCUUUCUCCAUCACCUCGCAGUCUUUUUCUAGUCGGCUCGCCGGCGCAGCAUCAGCAGCAUCCACUCGCUGAAGUCACGUGAUGCCUAACCGGUUUUUUGGUCGCUUGUGUGGAAGCGCGCUCCUCCUCCUCUUCCUCCUCCUCCUCCUCCUGCUCUUCAUCCUCCCGCAUCUUCCUCCUCUCUCCUCUUCUCCUCCUCGCUGGCUUGUCACGCUGGAGGAGGGCGGGAGCAUCAAGUCUCUCUCACCGGACUUGCGCGUCCUUCCUCUCGGUCCUGCAUCAUCAUCAUCAUCAGCAUCAUCAGCAUCAGCACCACCGCCAACAUCCUACUAGAGUCCAAUCCUCUCUGGAGCGCUUUUUAUUUCUCCGGACUAUCUAAGCUAGUCUUUCCUUUUGGAGUGGGAGGGGUUGGAGUGUUUUUGUGUGUGUGUGUGUUUGUGUGUGUGUGUUUGUUUGUGUGCGCAAGCGGGUUCUUUCCUCCAUUUGGACCACUUGGACUAUACUGGACUGGACUGGACCUGAGCUUCUUUUUCUUUUUUUUGUCGGCUUUUUUUUUGUGGAUGUGCUACUGCUGCUGCUGCUGCUGCAUGAGCUCGCCAUGGAGCUGCUGCUGGUUUGCUUCUCCUUGUGGAUAUUGCAAUGCAACUCGGCUAAAGCGGACUCCAUCAUACACAUCGGGGCCAUAUUCGAGGAAAACGCGGUGAGGGAUGACGAGAUAUUCCAGCUCGCCAUCUCGGACCUUUCCCUCAAUGAUGACAUCCUACAAAGCGAGAAGAUCACCCACUCUGUGAAGCUGGUGGAACCCAACAACCCCUUCCAGGCUGUGCAGGAAGCAUGUGAGUUGAUGAACCAAGGUAUUCUGGCCCUGGUCACAUCCACGGGCUGUGCCGCUGCCAGCGCCCUGCAGUCUUUGACCGACGCCAUGCACAUCCCCCACCUCUUCAUCCAGAGGAACGGCGAUGGUGCCCCCCGCACAGCCUGCCAGCUCAACCCCAGUCCGGAUGGAGAAAGCUACACCCUGGCCGCCCGUCCCCCGGUUCGGAUCAACGACGUCCUGCUCACCCUGGUCUCGGAGCUACACUGGCAGAAGUUUAUCAUCUUCUAUGAAAGUGACUAUGAUAUCCGUGGUCUGCAAAGCUUCAUGGACCAGGCUUCCCGACUGGGCCUCGACGUGUCCCUGCAGCGGGUGGACCGCAACGUCAGCCAGGUCUUCACCGACCUCUUCAGCACCUUGCGGACCGAGGAGCUCAACCGAUAUCGGGACACACUGCGGCGGGCCGUGCUGCUCAUGAGCCCCCGCGGAGCACAGGUGUUCAUCCACCAGGCUGUGGAAACCAACCUGGCAUCCAAGGACAGUCACUGGGUCUAUGCCAACGAGGAGGUGAGUGAAGCUGACCUUAUGGAGCUGAUCGACAGCUCCCUGGGUCGCAUGACCCUCAUCCGUCAAGUAUUCCCGAUGUGGAAGGACACCAACGUCCGCUGCAUGAGGAACAACCAUCGCAUCUCCUCGCUACUGUGCGACCCCCAGGAAGGCUACCUGCAAUCCCUGGAGGUCUCCAACCUGUACCUGUAUGACAGCGUUCUGAUGCUGGCCAACGCCUUCUACAGGAAGCUGGAAGACAGGAAGUGGCACAGCAUGGCCAGCCUCAACUGCAUGAGGAAGUCCACCAAGCCAUGGAACGGAGGGUGGUCCAUGUUGGAUACCAUCCAGAAGGGACGCAUCAGCGGCCUGACGGGAAUGAUGGACUUCCGAGCGGAGGGCUCCAAUUCUCACGUGCAAUUUGAGAUUCUGGGAACCAGCUACAGCGAGACCUUUGGGAAGGGUUUCAAACGGUUGGCGGUGUGGGAUUCCACCCGAGGUCUGAACGGAAGCUUAAAGGAGAACCGGAUUGAGAGCGGAAUGCAGGGAGUGACGCUCAAGAUCGUGACGUUACUGGAAGAGCCUUUCGUUAUGGUGGCAGAGAACAUUUUGGGCCAGCCCAAGAGAUACAAGGGCUUCUCCAUUGAUGUCCUGGAUGCCCUGGCCAAGAUCCUGGGCUUCAAGUACGACAUCUACCAAGUAGAAGACGGCAAGUACGGCUCAGUGCUCCCCAACGGCUCCUGGAACGGAAUGAUGGGCGAGCUCAUUGGCAAGAAAGCCGACGUAGCCGUGUCAGCCAUCACCAUCACACCAGAGCGAGAGCGAGUGGUGGACUUCAGCAAACGCUACUUGGACUACUCGGUGGGAAUCCUGAUGCGCAAGUCAGAAGAAAAGAUCAACAUCUUCUCUUUGCUGGCCCCGUUCGACCUCGCCGUUUGGGCGUGCAUCGGCGCCGCCAUCCCGGUGGUGGGCGUCAUGAUCUUUCUGCUCAGGCGCAUCCAGGCAGUGCGUUGCCAGAAGAGCACGGGUGGCCACCCGCCACCCUCGGUGUCCACAUCAUUACAGAGCGCCAUCUGGAUUGUUUACGGGGCUUUUGUCCAGCAAGGCAGCGACUCCAUCCUGGGAUCGGUGGCACUUCGUAUCGUGAUGGGCAGCUGGUGGCUCUUCACACUCAUCGUGUGCUCAUCCUACACCGCCAACCUGGCCGCGUACCUUACCGUGUCCCGCAUGGACAACGCCAUACGGUCUUUUCAGGACCUGUCCAAACAAGUGGACCUGGUCUACGGUACAGUGAGGGACUCUGCUGUGUACGACUACUUCCAAGCCAAGGGCACCAACCCUCUGGAGCAGGACAGCACCUUUGCCGAUCUCUGGAAGACCAUCAACAAGAACAAUGGAUUUGAGAACUCCGUUUCAGGCCCUGCUGAAGGCAUCAAGAAGGCAAAGCGGGAGUCGUACGCCUUCCUGUGGGACAUGGCGGUGGUGGAAUACGCCGCCCUGACAGACGACGACUGCACGCUGACGGUGGCCGGUAACAGCAUCAGCACCAGAGGCUACGGCGUGGCCCUGCAACACGGCAGCCCUUACAGAGACCUCUUCUCACAGAAGAUAUUAGAGCUUCAGGAGAAAGGCGACCUGGACAUCUUGAAGCAGAAGUGGUGGCCGAAGAAGGGCCGCUGCGACCUGCAAAGCCACGCCGACGCCCAGACCGAGGGCAGGGCGCUGCAUCUCCACAGCUUUGCCGGGGUCUUCUGCAUCCUGGCGGCGGGACUUCUUCUGGCCCUGCUGGUGGCGGCGCUGGAGACCUGGUGGAACAGCAACCAGUGCCGCAGGAAGGAGCCCAAAGAGGACAAAGAAGUGAACCUGGAGCAGGUCCACCAGCGUUUAAACAGCCUCCUGGACAAAGACCUGGCCCACAAGCAGCUGCCCGGCCAGUCUAUCGAGAUCUCCGCUCUGGACAUUAGCAGCAUGCAACCCAGCCAGUCUCUGGAGGUCUUGUCCGCUCGGGAGUACCCCACCCACCGGGGGCCACCGCCACCCCUCUCGGUGAGCACCUUCCUGCGGGAGGGCCACGGGGCCGGGAGGACACUAGGCGCGGUGGGCGGCCGGACCUUGCCCCUGCCUCUCAGCAGCGCCACAAUGCCCUCCAUCCGAUGCAAACACAGGGCGCCCAACGGGGGGCUCUUCCUCCAGAGCCCGGUCAAGACGCCCAUGCCCAUGUCCUACCAGCCGGUGCCGGGGGGGCCCAUCUCAGAGGGGGAAGCCAGCCACGGGACCUCCAUCUGAGCAUCUGAGGUGACUCUGGAGACCGGCGUGGAUGAGAGCUAUAAAUAGAAAAUAAGAAAACAUCUUUUUAUUACCAGUGGAGACACCAGACAAGACAGAAGAGACUCUUAAUGUACAUAUUUGUAAUUAUAAAGAGAGAACAAGCCACAUUACAAAGUGUAUUUUGAAUAUUCUCCAGAGUUGAGUUUAAAAAAAAAGAAAAGUAUUUAAAAAAAUACUGUUUGAAUGGCUUUGUAUUUUUUUUUUGUUUUUUUUUUUGUUCUCUACAAAAUAAAGGUGACAUUUUUUUGUGUUGGUUGUUUUCGAAGUGCCAAGAUGUUUUCUUUCAGAUAACUGAAUGUACUGUGAGAAGAACUCAUGAACAACAACAACUAAAAGACAUUUGACAGGAAAAGACAUUUCAAAAACAAUGAUUUGUUUCCUAUGAAAAGAAUAAAAGGUAUAUUACAAAAAUGGGAGCUGUUCUGCUGCUUGUGUGACAAUUACAUUACUAGGGCUACUACUUCCAUUUUGGGGUAAUUUAACCAUAUGUUUGUUAUUACUAAUGUCGUUUGUGGGUGCUAUUUCCAUUACUUCAGUGUAUCAGUUUAUGCGUUAGCUCGUGAGAGUAAGUAAAAAUAUAUCCUGCUACGUUUAUUGUUUGAAAUUCUGUUAUUUAUUUGAGCAAUAAUGUAACCAUUCCCCCUCACCUGAUUAUAGAUGGUACAGUCCAGUCUAUAUUGCAGCAAGUGCAAGUGGAUGGCUGGCAGCCAUUUUAGAUGUGAUCAUGUGAAACCUGUCGAGUAUGUACUUCCUCUUUUCUCUUCCUCUUUCAUUCAUUCAUUCGUUCAUUUUCUACCGCUU